UUGUUCAGUAUGUUUAAACAAGACGAUAGUACUUAAUACAGUAGACAUAUUGUUCUACGAUAAACGUGAGGGAAUAGUACUGAUAAAAAAGAUAAAUAAAUCGACACAUAAUAUAAUUUCUAGUUGAAUGGUAUUGAUUAUUAUUAAUCAAGUAGUAAAGAGCUUAGUUGCAUAAAAAGUGUAGUACGUGUAGGUAGCGAAAUGGAAGGGACCCUAAUGGAUGCAAAGUUGAAAGUAACACCAAGGAGACAUGUCAGGGACGUUUUGUGCAAAAUUUGGAAAGGAAUUACAGUUGAACCAGUUUUAAUACUGUUCAUGUUACCAUUUCACAUGUCCGCACUUACAAUACAGAAUUUAAGUUUGGAAAAGUCUUGCAGAGUUAAUCUUAACAUGAGUGACUCAGUAUGUGAUGCUAUUCACCAACGGGACCGUUCAGGAUACAACGAUGACGAUGAAGUGGCCGUGCAGAAGGUCGUUGCUGCAGCGUACGUGUGGAAAUUUGUGGUAUAUGGUGUUUUUCCUGCGAUUUUAUUACCAUUUUUGGGAUCGUGGAGUGAUCGUAAUAAGACUAGGAAGAUUUUACUGCUUUUACCUAUUAUCGGUGAACUAAUUACCAACAUUGCAUUCAUCUUCUGCACUUAUUAUUUUUACGAAUUGCCAAUGGAAGUGAAUACUCUUGUCGAAGUUCUUCCCACCGCAAUUACAGGAGGUUCGAAUAUGUUAUUUCUUGGCGUGUUCACGCACGUCUCUGCCAUUAGUAGUAGUGAGGAUAGGACAUUUAGAAUAGGAAUUGUGCAUACUUUAUUCUGCAUAUGUGUAACAAUUGGGAGUGCAUUAAGCGGCGUGAUUUAUAAAGGCAUAGGAUUUUAUGGAGUAUUUUCGUUGUCGCUAGUUUUGUAUGCAUUAGCAGGACUGUAUGCAUAUUACAAAGUAAAGGAAGAGGCGCCCAUUGAGAAAAAAACUCGUACGAAAUACGAACUAAUGAAAGACAUUGUUAAUAUUAAAAAGACUCUGUCUACUUUCCACUUCCUUAUCCAACCAAAUCGUGGCAUACAAAGGAAACAGAUUUUCGUAAUAGUGCUUCUGGCAAUCUUUGUGCUAGGACCCUUCGCCGGAGAAGGUGCACUUCUUUAUUUGUAUACAAGACUCAAAUUUAAUUGGAACGAAAUUGAUUGUAGCAUAUAUUUCGGUUAUACUUCCGUGGCUCAUCUAACAGGAAAUUUCGCCGCAAUACUGAUAUUUUCAAAAUGGUUGAAGUUUGAUGAUGCAGUAUUGGGAGCAAUUUCCAGUGUAAGUAAAAUAUGUGGAGGAAUUGUUUUUAUGCUGGCGGAGAAGUCAUUUGUAUUUUAUAUAGGUGCGCUAAUAGAAGCAUUUAAUGGAACCUCAUUUGUAGCAUCUCGUUCGAUAAUAACAAAGUUGGUUGAAGAGAAAGACUUGGGAAAAGUGAACUCUUUAUUUGGCAUCGCCGAAUCUUUAACAAUCUUGUUAUACGUACCUAUGUACAGCGCACUUUAUAAAGCAACACUUAACAUAUUUUCUGCGUCAUUUUAUGUUCUAGGAAUCACGCUGACGAUACCUGCAAUUUUGUUGUAUUUGUGGCUGUAUUCAAAAAGAAAUGAACGUUUUGUGGAAGAAGAUUUCAAAUUUCCGGAAAGUAGGGAGCUAUUUUCACCAGAGAACAGAAAUCGUGACUAAGCACUCUACAAUAAAUUUAAAAAAAG